AUGGCGCCGAAGCCAUCCGCCUGUCCUCCUAUUGUCACCACCGAAGGACACGCGCCCGGUCGGCCUAGGCAGCUCUUCUUCGCACCCACAGCCGUUUUCUCGCACUUCUUAUGGGAUGACGCAACAAGUCGUAAACGAAGCGCCGAGCCGCGCUGGGGGGCGGGGCAGGGGCGGCGCGGCGCGGCUCGGCGCGGCGCGGCGCGGCUGGUGCUGAGUGCGGGGCAAGGACGGACCACCUUACGCAACCUUGGCGAGCCGCGCGCGGCAGAGAAGGGGGAGGGCGGGCCGAAACGGGCGGGGCGGGCGGAGCGGGGCAUGCCGACUACCGGAGCGGCCGUCCUCCGCAGUCGCCACGCGCCCACGGUCCGCCGUCGCGCACCGCGCCACCGCUCUCCAACCGCAGACACGAUGGCCUCAGCCGCCAGAGCUUCACCGAGCGUCCGCAUGGGCGCGCUGCUGGCGGCAUCGCUGCUCGCGCUGGUGCUGCCCCCUGUUGCAGCGCAGGUGCCCUUCCUGGGCAAGUGCCCGAGCAAAGAAGUGCAACAGGACUUCAACGCCACCGCGUACCUGGGCAAAUGGUACGAGCAGGAGCGGUACUUCGCCGUCUUCCAGCUGGGCGGCAACUGCGUCACGGCCACCUACACCGACGAGGGCGACGGCCGCGUCGGCGUGCUCAACGCGCAGACCAACCUCGUGUCGGGGCGCAAGACGAGCAUCAGCGGCUUCGCGCGGCUGGCGGGCGACGGCACCGAGGGCAAGCUGAAGGUGACCUUCCCGUCCAUGGGGAACUUCGAAGCUGACUACUGGGUGCUGGAAACAGACUACGAAAACUACGCCGUGGUGUGGUCUUGCACGCCUAUUUUUGGCGUCAGCAACGUCCAGUUCGCGUGGGUGCUGACGCGCGCGCGGGCGCCGGGCGUGGAGGUGAUGGCGCGGGUGCGCGAGGCGCUGGACUCGCGCAAGGUGGAGCUGCUGCCCUUCCGACGCACGCUGCAAAAGAGAGAGCAAUGUGUUCAUAAAAUAAAUAUAUUCUUUAAAAUUUCUUUUGAAGAUUACUUCUUUUCAAAUCAUGUGUUUCCUACCAGUAUUCCUGCAAUCCUAAUGUAA